AUGACCGUGUGCCUUCUACAUAUUUCUCUGCUCUGGUCUGUGUGUGAAGCACGGCUUGACGUCUCUCAGCCGGAUACUUUCCAAGCAGUAGAGCUAGGACACACAGUUACUUUUACAUGUAACAUUAAAAGCGCUGCAAGAACCAGGAUGUGGUACACACUAAACACUGAGAGGAGACUUCAGCUGCUGGCCUCCACGGAUACUUUAUAUAAUCUGACAAUAUUUAAAGAGAAAUCACACCGUUAUGAAGUCCAAUCGGACCACAUCAGCAGUUUUCUGACUAUCCCGAGGACAACGUGGGAAGACGUUGGCACAUACUACUGUGGAGUGAUGGACUUAAGAGACAUUCAGUUUGGACAAGGAACUUUUUUGAUGAUAACAGGUGCGAACCCGAUCAGUGACUCUGGCGUCCAGCAGCGGGAGUCUGAACCCGUCCAGCCAGGAGACUCUGUGACUCUCAGCUGUUCUGUUCACACUGGCCGCUGUGCAGCAGAACACAUUAGUGUCACGUGGCUGAAAAACUCUCAUCACUCUGCUCCGCAAAUGAUCUACUACUCUGGAAAUAAGAGCUGCCGGAGGACUGAGAGUGGAGAGACUAGCUGUGUGUACGAGCUUCUCCUGAGGAACCUCAGCUCUGAUGAUGCUGGAACCUUCUACUGUGUCCUGACUUCAUGUGGACAGACGCUGUUUGGAAACGGGACCAGGAUUAUUGUUCACAGAGAUGUUGCCUUCACCGAAUCAGUUGAUCUGAGUCCAACUGUUAUUGCACUGAUGCUGUCAAACACCGUUCUUGGGAUUGGGACACUUGUGCUUGUAUGGACACUUUGCAAAAACCACAAGAAAGAUCCCACACCUGCAUCCGGAUCCAGGGAUGGAUCUCUUGAAGCCAAUCAGCCUGGAGAUGCAGUGAUGUACGCAGCAGUGUGUUCUGCUCCCAGAGGCUCCUCCUGCAGAACAGCUCCAGUGGAAUACAGUAGCGACGCCGUAGUUUAUUCUCAUGUGAAGUACUCUCAAUAGGACUGACAGACUUGCAAGUAAAAGGAAAAACAGGAAGCAUUACAACUGGACAUGUGAUCUUGCAGGGAUAUAUACAGUUAGGACCUGCAUGGGACAUUA